AUGGCGGCCACAAAUAAAGCCGUCCAGGAGAGAAUGAAUAAAAUGGAUGAUAGAAUUAUGGUGAUUCUCAAUACUCUCGCCCAAGGGCAGGGUUCUGCCACCCAAAAUCCUGUUGUCCCAGUUUAUCCUUCAGAUGACCCGGAUGAUCCCGGUGAUGGGUCAUCAACCCCUCCAAUAGAAAAUACCCCCGCCCCUUUGGGCCCCCCUUCAACCCCACCAAUGGGAACCAUUGCCCUGCCAAAGGCUGAACCAUUCGAUAAGGAAUUACCUAUAAAUCGGAUCAUAACGGCCGAUAUUGAGACCCUUCAGGGUCAUGGAGGUCCCCAGACUCCCUUCCUGUGUGCCUGGUACGGAUUCCCAGAAGGGAAGGAGGUAUACAAGGUGUUUGACACUAGCCAAUACCCUCACACCCCAGAGGAUAUGUUCCGAUCCUUUUGGAUCUCCCUUAUCUGCCAUGCCCCAGGAUGCACGGUGUAUUUUCAUAAUUGGGCCGGCUAUGAUUCCAUCCUAUCUUUGGCCGCUUUAGUUGGGGUGGAGGGGUACAAAUUUGUUCCAAUAGUUAGGGAUGGGAAGGGCGGGUAUGAAUACUUCGAGCCUAAAAGAACAUCUAAGGAGGCUUGGGAAGCAAUGGCUGCACAAUACAAAGAUAAUUGGAACUUCCUGGAGGAGGCUCGUAAGUAUCUGCAAUCCGAUUGCAAGGCUCUCCAUGAAGUUAUAAAGGGAAAGGCUACUAUUAUGACGUCAAUUCCCCUUUAUCCUACGGCUAUGUGUGAACCAAUGCCGGUUGGUAAACCGGAGUUAAUUACUUUAAAUCCUGACCAGCUUGAGGUAGUGGUUAAAUAUAUAAAAGAUUACCCGUCCCUUCCCACCCCUUGUACCUUGUUUAUGCCUCGUUGCCUUGCUAAUGAACCUUGGAGCCUUGCAAUAUUCCUUGACCGGCCUUGUUCCAUGGGUCCACCUAUUGCCUACAACCAAGGGUUGUUAAUUAUCCGAAGGAUGAUUUUAGCUUUGAGUGAAACGAGCCCUCUCAGGCCGGGGAGGCCGUAUACGAGAGCAGGAGCAGGGUCAAGCUGGGCCGAGGAGGAUGAUGAAGAACCUGUGGCUGAAAGCAUUACUGCUCUUGCACCCAGGUGCCCUAUCAAGAGGCGGUUAUCUAUUCGCGACGUAGCUUUCCAGCCGUACCAUACGCCUUAUUGGCCGCUGAUAACUGGUAAACCAGAGGUCGCUCCAUUUAAGUCCUCGCAGCUCUUUAUCUUCAGAGUUAAAACUCUGAUUCCAUCGGAAUUCUCUUUAAAGAAAAAUGGAACUACUUCAAUAGCUCACGCUAUUGUACAGACUAUGUCAUGA